AUGGCCUUAAAAUGUUCAGAUAUAAGUAAUCCCUGUCGAGUUUGGCCAAUAUGUAAAGAAUGGGCAAUACGUGUUUGUUGUGAAUUAUUUUGUCAAGGUGAUAGAGAACGUUUUCAAUGGUCAUUACAGCCUAUACAAACAAUGGAUCGCACAAAAUUUAUUUUAGCAAGAAUACAAAUUGGAUUUAUUAGAGAUAUGGUGAAACCAUUAUUAACUGGAUGGCAUGAAUUUUUUCAAAAUAAUCUUACACUGAAAAUUUUACAAAAUUUAGAUGAAAAUUUAAAAAAUUGGCUAACUGAUUUAUCUUCUUCUUCUUCUUCUUCAUCAUCAUCAUCAUCAUCAGGCAUAGCAACUUAUGUUAAUCGUCAUAAUUCAUUAGACAGUCAACUGACAUCAACUAUACCACUUAGUUACAAUAAUAAUCAAUCUAUUUCAACAAUUCAUUAUUUAGAUCAAAUUAAACAAAAAACUAUCAAAUCAGAGAAAUUGGAUCAAAAAAAUAAAAUUGAUUUACAAAAACCUUUUAUAGGAUCAAUUCAUUUAACUAAUUCACCAAUUCAAGAAAUUGAUACAGUGAAUACAUGUGAAUCAUUUGAUUCCAAUAGUAAUAAUAAUAAUUUACAUUCAGGGAAAUCACAUCAAACAAUAUUUAUUACAACACGUGUUAUUCGUCGACAUUCAUUACCGGAAACACAAUUAGCUAUUAGAAAAACAUUUAAUUUUUCAUUAUCAAAUAAAUCAAGUACUGUUGUUCUAUUAAAAAAUGAUACACAGAAUAUGUUAUCAUUUCAUUCAAGAAAUAAUCAUAUUAAUAUACCAAUUAGUAAGAUUAAACCUCAAUCCUCUACCAUUAAAUCAUCAUCAUCAUCAUCAUCUACAUGUACAGUAUCUGCAAAUAUAUUACACAUGUUAUAUGAAGAAUUAAAAAAUAACAAACCAAAUUAUUUAUCAUCGAAAAUUGAUUUAAAAUCAAUUCCAAAUACAAUACGUUGUAAAGAUAAUAAAUUAUUAGAACAAAAAGUGUUAGAUUUAAAUUAUGAUCGUACAGUUUUGCGAUUUUCCGCACUUGCUCAUCGUCGUAGUAGUGCACCAAUUACAGAACAUUAA